AAUUAUGUGAGCAAAUAUGUCUUAUUUAAUUUUAAAAAAUUAUGUAUCAUAGAUUGUUGUGAUACUAUGAAAUAACAUAACUUUACCUAGUUAAAAUUAAUUAACUAAAUAAUAUGAUACCACAAAGCAUACCAUGAGACUAGUUAAUAUUUAAAACUGAACUUUUUUCCAUCUUGGCAUUAUUACAUGUAUCGACAUACAAAAUGAAUAUAUCCAGUACGAGUCAAAAUUUUAUUAAUCAAACUAGCUCGAAUUCGACACGACUCGACAACUUGUUUAUUAAACAGCCGAACUCAAACUGGAAUAAAACUCGACCCAGAUCGGUUCAUUUGCAACCCUAACUUUUAGUAAUCAAAUAUGAAUUUUUUUAGUAAACAGAGUGAACAACCUUACAAUUUACCCCUUUAAUUAAUAAUUAAUAAAUAAUCAAAGAAAGUGUUUGGAUAAUCUCCACUUAAAAAUUUGGUCAUCGUAUGGGCCGGUUUGUUUGUUUCUCGGCCGGAGUAUCUCCAUAUGAACUUCGCAAAAUCCCGGGCCUCGUCCUUUAGCUCUUCACAGACCGACACAAGUUCAAGACCCGGUCCCUCUUUCCCUGUCAAAUGCUGGACGAUUGACUGACAAUCAGAUUCCAGUUCGCACUCUUGGAAGUGUCAUCGUGGAGCGAUCUCCAUUUCGUAAAGUAGACAGAUGCAGGGACGGAACCAGAAAUUUUUCAUAAGAGUAUCAUUUUUUAAAAAAAUAAAUUAAAUAAAAUCAAAAAUAUGAAAAUGCCUUACUUGUACAGGUUAAAAAAGUCCAUGAUGUGUUUUCAUAUUCGGAAAUAAUUGUAGAAUGCACUUGGUAUAUAUAGUGUUAAAAAAAAUUCUCUCUAUAUAACCUACUAGACAAUCAUUCAGGAACUUAUCGCAUAUUCGAUUUGUAAACUUGUUCUUGAUGUAACCCAAAGCAGAAAGACUCUUUCAACACCUGCCAUAUAAUCAUAAAAUCAAUACAAAUUAAGGGUAGUUUGAAAUUAGUUUAAUUGUUAGAUUUUUAAAAUAAUUAGAGAUAGGGAAUUGAUAGAUGUAUAGCUUUUGCGUUUGUAUUUGGUACAUCCAUAAAUUAGUAUUCCAUGAUUACGAAUUGACCCAUGACCAAAAGCACCAAGGAAACGCAGAUUAGCUCUGGAUUCAGAAUCAAAUAAACAAUACUAAGCAGCAACACGUAUUCCGUUAAGCAACUGAUAUUAGUUAAAGUAGGUGAUCUACAAAUUCCAAACACCACCACCAAAUCCCUCUCUUCUCCAUCCACCCUUUUCCACUCUCUAGUCAUCUCUCUCUAUAUAUGCAUUUCUUUUUCCACCUCAAGUUGUUCCUCACUAACCCUUUCACUCUCAAACCUCCAACACCAUUAACACCAACCCUGCAACUUUUAUCAAUUGGGAAAUUGACCAUGUCGCUCAAAUGCCUACUACUAGUGUUUGCCCUGGUUUUGACCACAGCAAUGGCCCAAACUCCAGGCGGCACUACUUCAUGCACCAACACCAUCGCCUCCUUGUCACCUUGCCUUGCCUACGUCACAGGGAAUUCGACCACGCCUUCAGCUUCCUGCUGCUCCCAGCUCAGCGGCGUCGUCAAGGUAACACCACAGUGCCUCUGCACUUUGAUCAACGGCGGCGGCCCGUCGUUUCUGACCAUCAACCAGACUCUGGCUCUUGCCCUGCCUGGCGCUUGUAAAGUCCAGACUCCACCCGUUAGCCAGUGUAAAGCUGCGGAUGCGCCGGGAAGUACAGCUAGUCCGCCGGAGAGUUCAACAUCACCAGCGCCAACAGAGUCGAGCAGUGACACACCUGAACCGGCGAUUACUCCGACAGCAUCACCUUCAGGAGAUGGAACUACUGGGUCCAACACAGUCCCGUCAACUACUGGUGGAACAACGUCUGAUGCCACCGCCACCGCCAGCACCAUAACUUCUCUUCGAUUCAUGCUCAUGGGAGUACUCCUCGUUGUAGCAGCAAUCGCCAGAUUCUAAGCACCUUGGCAACAUGGACCUCAUUUUGAGAUCUAUUUAUUUUUCGUAGAAUGGUGUGAUUGGUGUGACGAUGUUGUGCAUUUGAGAUUGGUGUUUUUGAGGGGUUGUCUGUAUUACAAUUUAUUUGUUUUGUUUGGUUGAUUGAGAAUUUGACGUCAACUAAUAAAUCGGGACUCUGUUCUAAACCCUGGCUUGGCUAAGGGUAUGUUUACUUUUUAUUUAUGUUUUCUGUGGUUGUGUUGGGACAAUAGAAAAUAUAUUUAUUAUUUUUUUUUUUACAAAAAAUAAUCAUAUAUAUUGAUAAGAAAAGAGUUAGUCACAUCCUUGAAUUAAGCCAAACAAGAAAAUCAAAGAAAUGACUCGAAGUUUGGUACAAAGAAAGGGCUAUUCUAGUCACUAAAUGGGCUACCUUAUUGCUACACCGACCUACAAAUCGUACACUAAGCCCGCUGUGAGUCGCAAACAGUCCACGACCUCCUCGAGAAUGACCUCCAUCCGGUUAUCACGGGUAUAAUCGCGAUUAAUCUUGCCGAUUAUCACCUCAGCAUCACCCUCAAACCUAACCUCUGUGAAACCCAGGCUUAUACACCAGAGAAUAGCCCCCCAGAGGACGAGCAAUUCAAUAAUCAUAUGAUCAUCCAUCCCAGGAAUCUGCACACCUUUAGCCAGGAGGAUUGAUAACGAUGUAAUUGCACAUAUUUGCGCCCCUAGUUCUUAUCCGUUUGAGGGGCAUAGUCGUGUAUUUUUGGCCUAUUUUACGCCGGGUUGUGCUAUUUUGUCAUAUUUCAGGUCCCAGGCGUCAAAGGAAAGGCUAAGCACGAGUUUUGGGGCAUUCGGAAGUCAUUUCGUCGAGCUGGAGCCAAAACACGGGCACACCUAAAACAGAACACGGCCGUGUUCUGUGGCCGUGCUUUUACUGCCGAGAGCAAAUUCGAGUUUGGCAAACAUUGGCUAAAAACAUGGGCAGGGCUUAGACAAAGCACGGCCGUGGCCACCAAAGCACGGCCGUGUCCAUCAUCAAACACGCCCGUGUUUCUCCCAAUGCACUGGCCGUGUAAUUAACCCUAGCCAAAGCACGGGGGGGCUGAGGCAUUACACGGCCGUGCCCUCGACCGUGCUUUGGCCACUGAUGCCCUUUUAAGCAGAUUUUCAGCCAAAGAGAAGGGGACUCGAGUUUGGAGAGAGAUAGAGCGAUUCCUAGAGAGAGAAAGCGACGAACAAGAGUCUCCAAGUGCCCUAGCUUGAUCUUCAUCACCAUUGGAGGCCGGUUUGAGCUUGGAGAAGUGCCGAUCAACAUCCAGGAGCAGGAAUCCAUCCUUCACAGUAUGAAUUCCGCGUCUGAUUCUGCUUUUGCUUCUUUUUCAUGGAGUAGUUCUCCCAUUCAUCUGGGUAUGGAGAACCCUAGAUUUGUAUGUUAGGCUUUGAUUGUAUGAACCCAAGUACUGAUUCUAUGAUUUGAUUAUAUCCAAUUGAGGUUUGAUUGAUUGAAUGGCAUGAAUCCUGAUCAAAUUCCUGUUGUUUCUGUUUUAACCUAGAAUGAGAAUAUCUGCCUAGGUUGAUAGAGCAUCCUUGAUUGAAGGUAGGGAGUUGGUGACUUUAGUCGAGGAGCCAACUCACUAUUCUGUACCGGAUUUACUCCGGUAGUGGAGGUUUUGUUUGUUAAGGCCUCAAUCUGUUUACUCCGGUGGAGGUUAGUCGCCCACUAGAGACUCAGAUUGAGAGGGUCUGAAGACCUUUAGUCGAGACUUCAGGCUGUUUAAGAACCUUCUGCAGUAUAACUAUCAUAGAAACUGAACUUGGUAAUUACAAUCCGGCUUAACUGCAGUCUAGGGGGAACCAUAUCCGGGUGACCUCUCUUAACCUGAAUACAACAAUUUACUUGGUUUGCUUAUUUGUUAGUUUAGACUUGCAUUAAAGUUUCAUUGCUAGAUAACAAGAAUUCACCGAGUAGUCAUCAAAUCUAGGACCCGGGUUGACAUUUAAACCCAAACCCGCUAUACUACGCUUUAGGAAGUGGUUACACUUGGCCAAUUUCUAGAGUGACAGUAGAAGUGAGUCAAGGAUCUCCCCAGAAUGAGACCCACUUUAGUUUCCCCAUCCCACAUAUAGACCACCGCAUCGGGGUGUACAACAGUCAAAGGUUGAGGUUGUUGGGUGGAAAAUUGGUGAUCCCGAUCCUGAGUUAGAUUAAUCCACUCCUGAUAGUGUUGGUGGAAUUGAUGCCUUUAGAGUAGGGAUCCCAUAUUGUUUGCUCUCAAAGACAGCCCAUUUCUGGGAUCUUCAGAUCCGCCAAAGGACCGCCGCUACCACCAUGAAAAGCUAAGGUUGAUUUAUGAGUAACAUCAACUUCUUCAAGAAGAGUGGGAAAGUAUGGCAAGGCAAGCCCUGACCAAGAUAUUCAAGUCCUGAAUAAUCCCAUAGAGCCCUGGCCACUGGGCAAUCAAGAAACAAAUGUUCCAUCAUUCAUAUUCAGCUCAACAAACCGGACAUCGAGGAAGCACCUCAACAUCCUUCUCAAUUAGGGCUUCCGUCGUUGGCAGGAUUAUGUUGAAGAUUUGCUAAACAAACACUUUAAAUUUCGGGGGAAUAUUAGCCUUGCACAAUUUAAUCCAGUUGGGUCUAUCCAUCCAACUAGCCAUGGAUCUCCAUCUACCACCCUCCUUAUUAACAGGACCGCAAAAUGGUAGGCAAACUUGACAGUAAAAACCUCGUCGGCCAAACCAUGCCAUAUUAAUCUAUCUUCCAUCCCCUGAUGGGGCAGAGAAUUUCUUUGAUGGAACGACAAGUGGCCGCGUCAAACCACUGACUGAGUUUUUUGUCACACCAUCGGCCACCCCCGUGGUAAAUAACUUCUACUACCGGAAUGUCAACAUCGAUCGGUAGAAUCCGAGGGUUAUAAGUAGGAGCAUGGGGAUGUAAACGAGGAAUCCAAUUGGAGUGGAGCAGAGCAGCGGUCUUUCCAUUCCCAAUCUGCCAAUGAAGACCUCUUGCCAAU